UAUAUAUAUAUAUAUAUAUAGAGAGAGAGAGAGAGAGAGAGAUUUUGUCUCUCGUGUUCUCUGAAAACAAAAUCUAGACUCAUCGUCAUUUUUCAGUCCUGUGAAUAAGAAAAUCGCGAGUCUCUGCAAUUUCUGUUAAAUGUCUUGAGGCAAGAAGCGAAUCGCGUGAUGUGGAACGACGCGGACGAUCGAAUUCUCGACCAGGAGCAGUGGCGGCUGGAGGCUCAGGCGGUGAUCAAUGACGUGAGGAAACAUGUGCGAGAUUUGAAGGUGUCCGAACAGCUGAUCAGCACCAAUCAGGUCAUUUAUCUGAAUCUAACAACGCUGGAGGGUCUGAGAUUUUGUGUGGAAUUGUCAGCGGCCGGUUUCGCCAUCGUCGGCAACCAGCACGAUGACACGUCCAACACGAGUAACGAGCGCUUCGAGACGCCCUACAGCCUCCUGGACUUUGUCAGUCCGCAGUACAGGAACUCCUUCGGCAAUUCGCUGUUGGAUAAACUGAAGGAGCUAAACGAUCGACAGUAAAUUUUAUACGAAAUGCUCGUGUCGUUUUCAUUGACAUAGGUUAGAAUUAACCGCAAUUAAUUAGUCUUCAGAUACCUGUGUAUUGUGCGAUUUAAAAACAUGAUAAUUAUGCUGACAAUUUGUAAAAUUGAUUCUUUGAAAAUCUUUUUAAGCAUUGCAUUGUCUACAUGUGUUUAAAAUCAUAAUUUUUGGGGAAUAUGAAUUAUUUAAUAUAUUUUUAAUAUUUAAUUGCUCUGAUAAUGAAAUAAUAUUGUACAUUGAAUCAAGGCCAGAAAUGUUUGGAACAAAAAUUGACAGAUAAAUAAGCUGUGCAUAUUAUAUUCGAUUUAAUUAUUC